AACCUUCUCGUUUGGACAUAGUCACUAGUCACUACUGUACUCUACUGUACAAAGAUAAACAAACACCGAAACAUGCAUUUUUUGUUUCUGAUUUCGAAGAGAAUUUUUUUUUGGAAUUUUGCUGUCUUUGUAUUUAUUUUCUUUCCUGAUUUCAAACAGAUUUUUCUUCUUCCUCUGAAUCUUCUAAUGUUUUUGUAAUUGGGUUGUUAUGAAGCAGGAUGAUGAGUGAUUACAAGGUGAAGAUGAUCAAUGAUGUCAUGCAACAGUUUUUUCUUGAAUUUCAUCGACCUAAGUUACACACAAUUCAUUCCAAGUCCUUAUGAAGAAAGUGCAUGGAAGAUAUUCAGGUCUAUUGGCUGUUGCUCAAAUAAAUUGCUACACUCAACAGCUGAUCAAAACCUUUUUCUUUGAUAUUCAGGUCUGGUUCAGUUUGUUUAGAUGUUAUUAGCCAGACUUGGAAUCCUAUGUUUGCUUCUUAUAUACCCCAAUGCAUCAGAUCCACUGAAUGGUGAUGCUGCUUCCUUGAUGACGUGAGAUCGUGCUGCAUAUGAACAAAAAGUUAAAGGUCCUUAUCAAGAAGGUGUCUGGAAGACAAGAGUGGAGGAGCUUCCUGAUGUUUAUCCUUCAUUGAAAUUCUACAGCAGCACCAGUUAGUACCAUCACCGCCACCAUUAAUUAUCAAUAAUUUUCAGGUUUCAACUUUGAUCUUGAGAUUAAUUGUACCUAUCUCUUCAUACUGCCAGGAAACCCUUCAUUUCCUUGAUGUCACCGCCAUUUUUGUGAUGUUCUGUGUUUGUACGAUCAACAUAAACAAAAAGGCAAGCUAGGUUUUUUUUUGCCUCCUUUAUUUUUGUUAUAAAAUUCAAAACAUAUUUAGUAUAGAAUUAGAGUCAAAAGUUCAUGGCAAACGGGUCAUCCCUUGAUCGGUCUGAAGCUGAAACAUUUACUGAAUUUCAUAGAAAUGGCGGUUGUCUUGUCGAGGGUCGUGUUGAUAGUGCUGAUCAUGACAAUGACAAGGCUAAACAAAAAUCUUUGUUUUGUCAAUUUUUUUCGGCUUACCUAAAGGAGAAUUGUAGUAGAGGCAAUGUGAGGCCUGUGCCGGUGAUGCUCGGUGAGGGUCAAUUGCUUGAUUUAUAUCAAUUGUUCUCCCUUGUGAAGGAAAAAGGUGGGUAUGAUGCGGUAUCAAGAAAAGGGUUGUGGAAGUCUGUGAUAGUUGAACUGGGUUUGGACCUUCGUGUUCUACCUUCGGUGAAAUUAUUUUUUGACAAAUAUCUGAAUGAUUUCGAAGGUUGGCUCAGGAAAUCUCUCGAAGAGAAUAGUUUAAAAAAUGGGAAUGAUGGGUAUUUGAACUCAUUGCCAAUAGAUCUAGAAAAAGAGUUUCAAAACCUUUUUUGCUCAAAUCUAAAGGACAAAGAUGAUGAUUUUGUCCCGUUAGAAUCGAGUAACAUCAUAAAGCACAUUGAUUUGGUUAACCACAAGAGUGAUGGUUAUUUAUUGGACACUAAAAAUCAAAAUAACAAAUGUGACGGUGUCCAAAAUGUUAACAGUGAUGGUAAUGGCGGCUACGAUGAAAAAUUGGGCACUGGUGUUAAGGAUGAUAUAACCGCCUCUUGUGCGGAAACUGAGAAGGAAUUUAAUUCUCGCAAACGUAAACUAGAAUCGCCUAUAGCUCAACCAUUAACAGAACCAUCAAAGGGGAAGGAGUAUAAAGAAGGCCAGGACAUUUUUGUUCAGAGGCUAAGGGCACAAGAUGUUCUGUCGGUCAGAAAGCAUGCAGAACCAAACCGUGGAUCAUCAUCCAAGAAGGAGAAGAUGAAUCCUGCCAAGUAUGAGGAUCUGAGACGUAGUAAAAGGCUGUCUGUCGCUCUUAAGUUGCAUGGUAUGGAAUCAGAAAAAAGUCCUAUGGAGAAAACAACUGGCAAACCAGACGUCAUGAUCAAGAAGAAAAAAUCAACUUCCAAAGCAGCUGUGACAAAAAAGAAAAUAUCAACUGCCAAAGCAGCUGUGACUGAAGAGAAAAAAUACGACCCAUUUAGUGAUGAUUCUCGUGAUGUUUCUGUUGGUCCUCUUUUCCAAGUGGAAGUCCCACAAUGGACUGGUAUAGUUUAUGGGAGUGACUCUAAAUCGUUAGGCACACAAGUAUGGCCUGUUAAAGAUGAUUCAAGACCUACUACAGAAACAGAUCUUAUUGGUAGAGGAAGACGAGGAAAGUGUAGCUGCAAUGUUCAAGGUUCAGUUGACUGUGUAAGAUCACAUGUUGCUUCAAACAGGAUGAAGCUGAAGUUUGAGUUGGGUUCUGCAUUUUACCAUUGGGGAUUUGAUAAAAUGGGCGAGGAAGUUUCACUUCAAUGGACAGGUGAUGAAGAAAAGAGAUUUAAGGAUAUAAUGAGUCUAAAAAUCCCCUCCCAAAACAAGUCUUUUUGGAACAAUCCAUCCAGUUACUUUCAAAAGAGGACAAGAAAAGACAUGGUGAGUUAUUACUUCAAUGUAUAUCUUAUUCAACUAAGAAGUUAUCAGAAUCGAGUGACUUCGGAGACUGUUGACAGUGAUGAUGACGAAAUCGAAUUUGAAUCUUUUGGUGAUGGUUUCGGGAGGAAAGCUAUCCAGCGUCCAUCAAUUGAAUUCAAGGAGUGUUCAGAGAACAAGUAAUGCUUUGAUUUUAAGUAGACAAAACAGUGUGAUAAGCCAUUUGAGGAAGAAAUUGUAGAAGCUGCAAUUAAUUUUGUCUGAUGUGAUUCUGUUGUUUAUUGCGUCCUCCUUGGAGGCGCUGCCACCCCCCGCCCCGGACAACAACAUUUAUGCUGUAAAACUUUGUUUUCACUUUUGGAUAGCAUUGUGCUGUAAAACUAGCCGUUUAGUCAGAGCGCUUUCAAGUUUACGGUUUUAGUUAGA